UUAGUUAAAAGAAAUAACAAAAGAACUGGGAACAAGAGGACUUUUAGGGCCCUUUAUUCUUUUCUACUUCACUCCAUAAGUCAUAGAAGCAAAACCCUAAUUUCUUCUUCUCCUCGAUCUCCAACAUAUGGCAUCCACAUAGUAGUGUUGUUAGAUUGAAUAGUCAUCUCUUAUCUCUGAAUAAUUAUCUCAGUCACCUCAUGAUGGUUUAUCAACAACGAUGGAAUGGCAUGUACUCGUAAAACACAGAUAGAAUCUUCCAUCAUUACAGAACGCAGAAGUUAACAAGCUAAGCUUCACCGCGUUUUCACGUAACUAAGCUCAGUUUCAUUCUAAAAGUGGAUCGAAAACAUGGAAAGAGGCCAUUUCCCUUUGAAGAAAAAGAAGAAGAAGAGAAAGAGGAGAAGGAGCACGUGUUCCCGAUUUACUCUGAACGUUCCCAGCAAGACACGUCGGCGGUGGUAUCAGCUCUUGUUCAAGUCAUUGGUGGCAAUCCACCGCAUCAUCAUCAACAAAUAUCUCACUCCUCCACUUCUAUGGACAACAAUCAACAAUCUCAAUCACCAUCUAUAAUGCAAGAUCAAGCAAUGGUAAGAAGACACUACAGAGGGGUUAGGCACCGGCCAUGGGGGAAAUGGGCCGCGGAGAUUCGAGAUCCGAAGAAGGCAGCAAGGGUUUGGCUUGGAACUUUCGAAACUGCCGAGGAAGCUGCACUUGCUUAUGACGAAGCCGCUCUUAGAUUCAAAGGAAGCAAAGCUAAGCUCAACUUUCCAGAAAGGGUUCAUCUCACUCGUGAAUUCGGUUACCUCACUAACCGUCCUCCAGAACCGGAAAUUGGCAAUAACAAUGGUCAACAAGUACCUAGUACUACUACCACAAUUUCUCAUGCUUCAGCUUCACAAUUUUCUGGCAGUAGUGAGAGUAACAACAACAAUUUCAAUUAUGCUUUUCCUCAUUUGUAUGGGAAUCAUAAAAAUAUGUUUGUUUCUUCCUCUUUGUCUUCGUCUUCGUCUUCAUCUUCUGGAUUUUCUAUGCAAUUUGGAGGUUCUUCUUCUAAGUCUCCUCCUAUGAAUUAAUUGGACAGUGAUGACUUGGAUGGUACGCCCAAGGUUUUCUCUUUUUGUCGUUAAUUUUUAUCGUCAACUAUAUAUGCAUUCAUUUCUUAA